AUGAAACCCCUCAGUCUGGAAUCGGUCGAGGGCCCUAAGGGAUACAUAUCUCCGGAGUGCUUCGGCGGCAGUAACGUCACAUACAAAUGCGACGUUUAUUCAUUUGGAGUAGUUUUGUUAGAACUCAUUUGCGGAAAGACUUUAUCUCAAAUCAGUGAGCUUGAGGGGCGUCAGGUUGAGAAUACUGCAGAUUUUUUCCGAUUCACGCUGAGCUUGGUUGAGAAAGUACGUAAUUGGGCGGGAACAGGAAGAGCUGAGGGAAUUAUUGAUGACACUUUGGUGGGACAAAUAGCAGCAGAGUGCUCGAAAUUGUAUUUGGACAUUGCAGAGAGUUGCUUGAGUGAGGAUGAUAAUGAGAGGCCCGACAUGGGAGAUGUUGAAGUUCAACUUGAACGGCUAUUACAGCUGCAAGAGGAAGCAGAUUCUAACAAUGCUUCCUUGUGA